UGUGUUUGUGGGUCUGUAAUUGUUUUCCAGUGAAUUGUGUGUCAGCCUGUAGCUCGUAACCGUCACAUGCAUCCGUAGUUUACUACUUAACACCGGAAAUUUGUUCCCAUAAUGUAAUGGCCAUGGUGAAAGCCCACACGGUUUCCCAUCAGAGAACAGCCCUCUGUCACAUGGUCCACUAUCCUGGUUUUUUUUUUUUUUUUUUUUAAAACAACAGAGGACGGGACAAACAAAAGUGGACGCAGCAGAAGAUAACACCGAGCUUCACUUCCAGAUACAAACACUAAGCCUGGAGCGUGAGCAUCCUUUUUCUUUGUCCCGGGGAGUGAGCGACUGUUGCCGGUGUUUGUGUUGUUUUGUAGCGCUGUGAAGUGAAACUCCGCCAUAUUCAGCCCACCACGCCCGGAGAGAGGACUCGCUGCUGCUGCUUCAGUCUGCUGAAGUUGUUGCACUAACUUAAUUCCCUCUUCACAAUAGCGGAACAAGGUGGAGUGUUUUCCGGGAGUAAUGACUCUGAGCUCCGUGGGGGCUUGCUGCCUCAGCCCAGAGGCCAAAGAGGCUCGCAGGAUCAACGAUGAGAUCGAGAGGCAGCUCCGCCGGGACAAGAAGGACUCACGACGGGAGUUCAAGCUCCUUUUGCUCGGAACUGGUGAAAGUGGGAAGAGCACUUUCAUCAAGCAGAUGAGGAUCAUCCAUGGCCGUGGGUACUCUGACGAGGACAAGAGAGGCUUCACUAGGCUGGUCUACCAGAACAUCUUCACAGCCAUGCAGGCCAUGAUCCAGGCCAUGAGCACAUUAAAGAUCCCCUACAAGUAUGAACACAACAAGGAAAACGCCAGUAUUGUCCGAGGAGUUGAUGUGGAGAGGGUCACAACAUUAACAAACCCUUACGUGGAUGCCAUCAAGUGUCUUUGGAGCGACUCUGGGAUUCAGGAAUGUUACCAUCGCAAGAGGGAAUACCAGCUCUCCGACUCAGCCAAAUACUAUCUGAAUGACAUGGACCGAAUUGCUGAUCCUGCUUAUCUGCCAACCCAGCAGGAUGUCUUGAGGGUCAGGGUGCCCACAACGGGUAUUAUAGAGUACCCCUUUGAUCUGGAGGAUGUGGUCUUCAGGAUGGUGGAUGUGGGUGGCCAGCGGUCAGAGAGGAGGAAGUGGAUCCACUGUUUUGAGGAAGUCACUUCCAUCAUGUUCCUGGUGGCGCUCAGCGAGUACGAUCAGGUCCUUGUUGAGUCCGUCAAUGAGAAUCGCAUGGAGGAAAGCAUGGCCUUGUUUCGUACAAUCAUAAACUACAAGUGGUUCGAGUCAUCCUCGGUCAUGUUGUUCCUCAACAAGAUAGAUUUACUGGAGGAGAAAAUCAUGCAUUCGCAUUUGGUGGACUACUUCCCUGAAUAUGAUGGUCCCCAGCAGGACGUCAAAGCAGGAAAAGAAUUCAUCUUAGAUAUGUUUGUGACUCUCAAUCCAUACGUGAAAAAAAUCAUCUACUCCCACUUCACAUGUGCCACAGACACAGACAACAUUCGAUUUGUCUUCCGCGCAGUGAAGGACCACAUCUUGCAAAUCAACCUGGAAGUCUACAACUUGGUUUAAACCGGUGGUGUUGCUGCUGUAAUUCAAUCGGCUUUGUACAGCUGGUAGUCCGGAGAGCUCUGCAGCAAUUCAGUAUUGCCUCACACUGCUGCUGAACACUAUAAUCCACAACAGGAAAUUGAGAAGCUACAGAGCUUGUCGCCAAAUAACUGUACUACUGAUAUAUUUCAAAUUUCCCUGUGAGGCUCUUUGGAAAUGGAUGUCUCCAGCUAUAAUGAAGUGUGUCCUGACAAUUAAAGUGCUGCCUAAGUGAGGAGUCUAUUACAGCAUGCACUCUGAAAUGUAUGGAGCUCUUAACGUUUUUCGAGCAGUAACAGUAUAAAUGCACAUGGAUGAAUUAAGAGGGGAAAAAAGUAUUCCAGUGGCCUCAAAAGCCUCCGAGGACUUGUAAUGUACUAGGUCUCUCCUUCAGGGAAUCUGUGGACGUGAAUGUAGACUAACUGCAAUGCAGCACCUCACAUCACUAACCCAAGUUGUUCAUACUGUUUUGAAUACUCUAAACACAUAGUUUGUGUCUUGGCUUAAUGGCAAACGAGUAUUAAUUAACACUACAUUAACUUUAUUACAUAGCUAUUUGUGCUGAUAUUGUACCUCACUGAGUUGGGUAUUAUCAUUUCCACAACCGCAUUUUAAGUUUUACAAGACUUUGUACACUUAAGUAUUUGUCUGUGAUGGCAUUAAUUACUCCUAAACCGCUUUUUGUGAGCACAGCAUUCAUAUAUACACUCGAUGUAUUUUAACCCAUACAAGUCUUUAUUUUGUCAAAGCUGUAGAAUCAAGCGUUCAUGAACUAUAUGAGUAGUUUUCUUGCUUAAAAAACAUUUUCUAUAAUGUCUGUAGAGCUUUUGCCAUUAUUUAUCUAAACGCAUAUUGUAACUAUCACACGGUACAUUAAUGGUGAAAGAUUUUUCACCUUUGCUCGCAUCAAGGUCAGUGUGGAGAGGCUAACUGCUCAAGAGAGAACUGUUAUGUUAAAUAUUCUCCACGGCAUUAAACUAGUUCAGUCUUGAUCUUUUUUUUUUCUUUUUCUAAUGCUGUUAAAGGGUCUCAAAUGCAUGACUAAAAAGCUAAUGAGAGCAAAUCCACAGCACGAAUGUUUACACAACCCUUUUGUUCUUGUGAGAAAUAAUUACAGCCUAAUUUAAACAGUUUAAUUUAUGGUUAGAUGUCACUGUCACUGCGAUAUCUUAAUGCAGUCUUAGUGUUGUUAAUGUGAGUGGAUAAAUAAACAGACAUUUGUUGCUCA